UCCCCAACGUUAUUCUGUUUUGUUGACAAAAUUUGGCUGCAAGACUAAAUGUGAAAUGGGCAGCCUUUAUUUUCGUUAAAUUAAUUUUAAAAUUAGUGUGGAAAAUGCGGUGAGGAGCUAGUGUAGUAAGCGUAGUUCUACUACUGCUGAAAUUAUUAAACAGUAGUACAGAAUGAAUGUAGCCAACAAAACACCUUUGUUUUUAGUGUUAAUGAAGUAUUUGCGGAUGGAUAAAAUAAAAGUGCAAUUUCUUUGCAAAAAAGAAACCUAAUUCGGCUCGGUCUCUUCAGCCGGACCUCGCCAUUGUCACGGGGUAAUUGCAAGUCACCCUAAAGUUGCAGAAAAAUGAACGAGAAUGGGGCUGACGGUUUUCCUGCCAGGAGAAACAGCCAUCGUCAGAAUGGAGUUAUACAGCCACUUCUUACUGAUUUGUAUCAAAUAACAAUGGCCUAUGCAUAUUGGAGGGCUGGCAAAAUACAUGACACUGCCACAUUUGACCUGUUCUUCAGAAAGAAUCCCUUUAGUGGAGAAUUUACAAUCUUUGCUGGCUUGGAGGAAGUCUUGAAGUUCUUGGAAAAUUUCCACUAUUCGGAUAGUGAUAUUCUGUACUUGAAAGAGACCUUGCCAUCCGUUGAUCCAGCAUUUUUUGACUUUUUGGCAAAUCUAACUGCUGAUGACAUUAUUCUCCAUGCAGCGGACGAAGGCUCUGUUGUCUUUCCUCGUGUACCUUUAUUGAGGGUUGAAGGCCCUUUAAUUGUGGCUCAGCUAUUGGAAACAACUUUACUGACUUUAGUCAAUUAUGCUAGUCUCGUUGCAACAAAUGCUGCUCGAUAUCGUCUUGCAUCAGGUGUCAAUGUUCAGUUGUUGGAGUUUGGCCUUAGAAGAGCACAGGGACCUGAUGGUGGCCUAUCUGCAUCAAAAUAUGCAUAUUUAGGAGGGUUUGAUGGAACAAGCAACGUCUUGGCUGGAAAACUUUAUCAAAUUCCAGUAAAAGGCACUCAUGCUCACGCGUAUAUCUCAAGUUUCUCAAAUUGCAAAGAAUUAACACAGAGGACGAUUAAGCACAAGGAAACGGGAGAAGAAAUUGAUUUCGUUGAUCUCUGCAAUGAGUGGAAAGAUAAACUUACACCGUUCUUAAAAUUCCUCAGAGUUUUGAAAGAGGAGUCGUCUGAUGGAGAAUUGGCUGCCUUUGCAUCUUAUGCAUUGGCUUUUCCGGACUCAUUUGUGGCGUUGGUCGACACAUAUGAUACCUGUCGAAGUGGACUCUUGAACUUUUGUGCAGUGGCUAUGGCACUCCAUCAAAUGGGUUACUCCCCAAAUGGUAUUCGUAUUGACAGUGGAGAUUUGGCAUAUCUUUCGAAAACAGCCCGAGCUACCUUCGAACGGAUUGCUGCACACUAUGAAUUAGAGUGGUUUAAAAACCUUACCAUCGUUGCAUCGAAUGACAUUAAUGAGGAGACAAUUUGGUCGCUUAACGAACAGGGUCAUGAAAUUAAUUGCUUCGGCAUUGGUACUCAUUUGGUAACCUGUCAGAGACAACCUGCCUUGGGGUGCGUGUAUAAGCUAGUAGAGAUCAAUACAAUGCCCAAGAUAAAAUUGAGCGAAGACAUGGAAAAAGUGACAAUGCCUGGUAAAAAAGACGUAUACAGGUUAUAUGGAGCGGACGGGCAUGCAUUGGUUGACCUCUUGUUGCAAGUUGGCGAAGAACCUCCAGAACCUGGGUCAAAAAUAUUAUGUCGGCACGCAUUUCACGAGUCAAAGCGAGCCUACGUUAGUCCAGCCAAAGUAGAGUGCUUGUACAAGGUCUUUUGGAAGGAUGGCAAAAUUUGCGAGCCACUGCCUCAUCUCAAAAAUAGCAGACAACGAGUUGCUGACUCACUCAAAACAAUCCGACAAGAUCAUAAGCGAAAUUUGAACCCUACGCCGUACAAGGUUUCGGUGAGCGACCGGCUCUACCACUUCAUUCAUGAUUUGUGGCUCCAAAACGCUCCUAUCGGGUUGCUCUCUUGACAUUGUGAAGAAAAUAAUUUUUUAAACACGUUAUACUAGCGAAGCAGUAGAACAUUUAGUUUAACGUGAAAUUAGCAGUGACAGGAGACAACGGAAUGACGAAUAUUUUUCACCACUCACUAAUGGAAAUUGAAAAGGGAACACGACCAGGAUUCGACUUAAAAACAAACUCCACUUUAGGUAGCAGAAUGAUACCGAAUUUUUGGAGAGUUGGUUUAUAAACAGAAAUUGAAAGAGAUCAAAGAAAUUGUAAUUAGCAUUCAACCUUCACCUUCAUGAUCAUUUAUUUUGUUAAGUUAGUAUGUACAGUUAGUAAUAGCUUUACAUAGCAAUAGCUAGUUGCAUUUAUAUUUUUGGUAUUUGCAAAGAGUUGGAAUAUUUUCGUAAAAUAUUUACUUGUACUUCACAACUUCACCAACAUCCUGGUACAAUAAUAAUAUAAUUAAUAAUUAUAAUAUAUAUCAGUCAGUCUUGGUUUCCACUGGACGCAUCGACAUAGUGGUUGUCAUAAUCUGUUAGCAAUCCUUUCGACAAUACACAUACAUAUUUUCGACAUGGCUAUUUCAUUAAGGGCUCAUCCUUUACAGGAAAGAAUGCUUAGUCAAAUAAUAGUAAUAUAUGUAGCACUGGUCACUAUUAUCUGGUCUACGUGGCAUAACGAUAUGUCAUUCUAUCUGUGAAAACUUAUAGUACACCAGAUUUAACAUCAAUUUUGAAUUCGGCGUGCUGUUUUCGCCCAAUUAUUUUGAGAAGACGUCCAGUGUAGCAUAGAGAAUGAUAAAAAAAAGUAAUAGCAGAAUAAUAAUAUGCAAUAUAUACAGUAAACAUUUGAGUCAAUAAAUUAAAUCGUUAAAGACAAAAA